CACCCUCGGCGCGCAUGCGCGCCCUCCUCCGCCCUCUGUGUCGGCUCCUCACCAGGGCGGGAACGCGAGCCUCAGGGCGGGGUGAGGGGAGAGCUGGGAGCGAGAAGGGGCGGAGCGGACGGUGGGAGCGGCAGCUGCGGAACGUGAGCGCGACCGGACGCGCAUCCUCUCCGCCCUCGCUCUCGGGAGAGGUCGAUUAGGCAGAGAAAUGAGUGGAACACUAUCUUAAGCCAAAAAUGUAUUAUAACCUGUAUUAAAUACUACUUAAAUGAAGAAAGAUAGAAAACCCUACAAAUUCCAACUGAUAAUUACCCCAUUCAGACAUUGGUGAAUAUGUCCCUCAGUCCAAGUCGACCUUCCUCAUCAGAGUUGGUGGAACUUCAUGUUUUUUAUGUCCCUGAAGGAUCGUGGAACUACAAGUUAAAUACCAUUUCAAUAGAAGUUGUUAACAAAUUCAUUUCAGCUGGAUUUAUAAGAGUAUCACCUCACCUUACUUUACAAGCCUUGAGGGAGCGUCUCGGUGAGUUCCUUGGUGAAGAUGCUGUUGCAGAAAAAUUUUUAUUUCUGAAAUGCAUUGGAAAUAAUCUAGCUGUAGUGAAGACCAAGCAAGAAUCAGAACUGAAACUCAAAUCAUUUGCUCCUCCAUAUGCUCUUCAACCAGAAUUAUAUUUGCUUCCUAUAAUGGAUCAUUUAGGAAAUAUUUAUUCAGCAGUUUCUUCUGAUGGGCGGCAGACUAAUAAUGGUGUUGGUGAGGCUGAUGGAAUAAUACACAGAUCACUUAGUGUAACUUUGUCAAAGGAAGAACCUGGAACAGAUCCCAGUUUUUUAGAAAACACUUUGAAAGAGCUUCUUUACAAGAAUCAGGAAGAAGCUGGAGGAAAAGCCACUCCAAAUGAAAAUCAGACUGGCAGUCAUCAAAUUGGAAAUUCUGAAUUGCCAGGGUCUCAGGAAGAUUCAGAUAAUGAUUAUUUUAGUGGCAAAAAAAGUCAGUUUCUUUGGAAAAAUGAAGAUGAUAGAGCUAAUAUCAUUAGAAGAGAGGACAAUCAGCUAGGUGAAAAAGAGUACGUCACCCUGCCAGAUCUUAUUGAUUUUCCUUCAGUACGUUGUCAACCUUCUCUUUCUCCAGAAAUAACUGAUAUAUCUUUAUUACAGAUUGAGAGAGAGAAGAUUAUCGAACAAAUGAAACAAGUAAAGGAAGAAAGAAGAUAUCUGGAAAGAGUUAGAGAAGAACUAAUAAAAAAAGUUGAAAGGCUGUUGGAACAAGGCAAAUUAAAGCGAUAUCAUGCCUGUGAUGUUUGGAAAAAAAAGUACUUUGAAACAAAGAAAGUUACAGCAUCAUUGGAGGAAGUUUUAACGAAACUUCGAGAAGAUUUGGAACUUUACUAUAAAAAAUUGCUUAUGCAGCUUGAAGCCAGGGAGAUCAAGAUGAGACCAAAGAAUCUGGCAAACAUCACAGACUCUAAGAAUUACCUUAUCAUCCAGAUCACCGAAGUACAGCACGCUAUUGACCAACUCAAGAGAAAAUUGGAUACUGACAAAAUGAAACUCAUAAUAGAAAUUAAGUUCCUGGAAAUGUUCAUUAGGAGCUCAACAGGUGAUUUUGUUUACGAUGAAUCAGUCAAAUCAAAAGGUAAUGGCAAUGGACGAAGAAAAUAGCUCCUUUUCUAGGUCUUACAGAACUGAGUCUAAGAGUCUGUUGGGUCUGGACCCCAUGGGUGACUUAGGCACACACCUGAUUAAGAAGCACAGACUAGAAGCUGAUCUUAUGCUCACCUUCUACCC